AUGUCCGAUUACAAAGUUCCUGAAUAUACAUUCACUGAUUAUGCCAAGUUUUGUUUGGCCGGUGUUUUCGCUACAGGCUCCACCCAUGGUGCUUUGACUCCAGUUGAUGUUGUCAAAACUAGAAUCCAAUUGGAACCAACUGUUUAUAACAAAGGUAUGGUUGCCACUGUUAAGAAGAUUGUUGCUGAAGAGGGCGCUGGUGCUUUGUUAACUGGUUUUGGUCCAACUGUUUUAGGUUACUCUAUCCAAGGUGCUUGUAAAUUUGGUGGUUACGAAAUCUUUAAAAAAUUAUUCAUUGACCAUUUAGGUUAUGAAACCUCUUGUAACUAUAAGAACUCAAUUUACAUUGGUUCUGCUGCCAUGGCUGAAUUUAUUGCUGAUAUUGCUUUGUGUCCAUUGGAAGCUACCAGAAUUAGAUUAGUUUCUCAACCAACUUUUGCUAAUGGUUUAGUUGGCGGUUUCAGUAGAAUAUUGAAAGAAGAGGGUGUCGGCUCUUUCUAUUCCGGUUUCACUCCUAUCUUGUUUAAGCAGAUUCCAUAUAACAUUGCCAAGUUUUUAGUCUUUGAACGUGCUUCUGAAUUUUACUAUGGUUUUACCGGUCCAAAAGAAAACUUGUCUAAAGUCACUAAUACUUUAAUGACUUUGGCUUCUGGUUUGACUGCUGGUUUUGCUGCUGCUGUUGUUUCUCAACCUGCUGAUACAUUAUUAUCCAAGGUUAACAAAACUAAGAAAGCUCCAGGUCAAUCUACCAUGGGUUUGUUAGUUCAUUUGGCCAAGCAAUUGGGUUUCUUUGGCUCUUUUACCGGUUUGCCAGCUCGUUUGGUUAUGGUUGGUACCUUGACCUCCUUACAAUUUGGUCUCUACGGGUCUAUUAAAUCUGCCAUCGGCUGUGCACCAUCUGUAGAAAUUGCUGGUAAGGGUCAUUAA